AUUUUUUUUCUUUGCAAGGACUAUUUCACAGUAGCAAAAACCUAAGCAAAAGUGAGGUGUAAAGUAUCACCUCUUCUAUGCUCGAUCACCCAUACAUGGCCACGUACUCGAUCUGAACCAAUAUUUUCGCAGGCUUGUACUGACGCAAUCUUAUAUAUGCGCACUCAUAAUCGUCGACACUCACUCACGUUCCUACUCGCACCCGUUGAUAACACAGCACACUCACUCAUAUAUGUUUUAUUUUAUUCACGCUUAUACCGGCACUCCCGUACGUAGCGACACUGCACCAUGGCCACAUCAGCUGCAGCUAUGUCAGGAGAUUUGACUACUGCAAUCGUUGCUUUUACCGUAGACCUGUACAAGCAACUUCUUUCGGAGAGUGAUGGAACAAAGAACAUUGUCGUCUCCCCAUUCAGCAUCGCAGCUGCUCUGUCAAUGACUCUUGCCGGUGCCAAAGAUCACACAGCUGUUGAAAUCACCAAUGUCUUGCAUACAAAAGAUGACAUGAUCCACGCACAUUUCUCCGAUUUCUUUGCCAAAGUUGCAACCUAUGCACCUGAUGUGACGUUGGAUGUUGCUAAUCGCAUGUACUCAGAAAAGACGUUCAAAGUUCUGGAAGACUACCUUGCCAUGCUGAACAAAUUUUACAACAGCACAGUGGUACCCAUCGAUUUCAAGAAUGAUGCUGAAGCGGCCAGACUUGCAGUCAAUGCCUGGGUAGAAAAAACCACAAAAUCAAAGAUCAAGGACCUCCUUCCCAAUGGUGCUGUGGAUUGCGACACCAUGCUUGUGUUGGUCAACGCCAUUUACUUCAAAGGUCUUUGGAAAGAGCAGUUCAACCCCAGAGUAACUUCCCUGCAGAAGUUCCAUAUUUCAAAAGAAUUAGCUAAGGAGGUCCACAUGAUGUACAAGCAGUCACAUUUCAAUAUCAACACCGAGUGCACUGGCUUGAACGCCAAUGCAAUUGAGAUCCCAUACAAAGGUGGCAAGACGUCCAUGGUUAUUCUUCUGCCGUACGAAGUCGACGGCCUUCCAAAGCUGGAGGCGGCACUUACGCUGUCGAAACUGUCGGAUGUCUUGAAAGGGUUUGACUCGACAAUUGUGGACCUUAGUCUUCCACGAUUCAGGAUCGAGUACAGUUUAGACCUAAAGAAGACACUUCAUGCGAUGGGCAUAAGAGACUUGUUCACGGACAGUAAGGCAGAUCUCUCAGGAAUAGAUGGAAAAAAGGACCUCGUGAUCUCAGCAGCAAUUCACAAAGCCUUUGUGGAGGUUAAUGAGGAAGGAACAGAAGCAGCAGCCGCUACAGGAAUGGUGGCAAUGGCAAGGUGUGCCAUCAUUGGUAUUCCGUUCUCAGUUGACCAUCCGUUCAUGUAUUUCAUUCGAAGCCACGACCCGGAUGUUAUUCUUUUUGCAGGCUCAGUACGUGAUGUAUAGUGGCUUCCGGCUGCUUGAUUUUGACUCAGUUAACCUGUGAUCAUUAUCAAAUUUUAAAAGGAUUAACCAGAGUGCAAUACCUCCGGUGAGUUGCUCAUUGGAUAUAAUAUUUUGCUGCUAUUGAACACAAGGGUGUGGGCUUGUUCCUAUUGGUGGAGGUCGCAUUGAAAAGAGGGCAGGGUGGAAAAAAUGCUUGUGUAACUUUGGAUGCAUGUCUACAAAAUGCUGUUUAUGAAACGGAAGCAAUAGUGCAAGAGAGCACAUUUGCAAGGCUGUUACAAGAAAUAUAUUAAGUGGCAGAUUCAUAAUUUUAGUGUUUCUGCACUUUUACUUGAGUAUUGUAGUUAAAAUUAUACACUAUCAUCAAGCAUUAUUGCAGCACUACUUUCUAAGCCAUGCUAGUUCCGUUCAGCAAACACCAAGUGGGACGCUAUGAUCGUGUAAGCCUUUUGUGCAACAACCGCUGCAUAAUGUGCAUUAGAUGCAAGAUAUAAAGUAUGCCUGUCCACUAUUGUGUCAUGGUCAAGCCAGUCAAGAACUGCAUUUCACUGCCUUAUGGUUGUUGCUGUUUUUAUAUGCAUCUGUGGCCUUCCUUUAUACUGCAUGUGUAUUUGGGACAUUUUGAGCACCUGUGGGCCUGCGUCAUUUUUGGUGGCGGUUAAUUUCUGCAGUGCCUUCAGAAAUGGUUCAUUUACACUUUUAUUACUGUAAAGUUCUGUAAGAGCAACCACCUCAUUUUCAAUGGCAUAAUCUAAAGAAAUGUGGAAUGGACACUCUUUUGUGUUUAAACUCUGAAAUGGUAAGAAUAAGGGUGUACUUGAAAUAUCGGCUGUACCUGGGCACCUAUUAUGUUGAGUCUAUUCAAUAUUUUCAUCAUUAUGACAAACCAAUUUUUGCUGUUGCAAUCAACCUUCAGCAUCGGCUCUUUGUGUAUCAAGCUGUUCAGGCUUUCUGUGCGAUUGCACUACUUCCAACAGUUUUAUGAUAUAAGAUCAGGUUUCAAUGUUGCUGGAAUGCACUGCUGGACAAAGAAAAAUGGCUGUGAUGCUUAACAGAGUGGUCAUUUCUCUCUCUACCUUGAUGCAGAAUUGGAGUACUAAAUUGUGGUGAGGAAUGUGUCUCUAAACUUGAUAGCACCAGACGUACCAGUCAGGCAUAUCAAUUUGAGGGUAUUUAUUGAAUUGGUCGUUGGUACUCAAAAACAUGGAUGAGUGUUCUUUUGGAGGUGGGCAUGUAUUUCUUGCUCCAUAGUAUGUUGCGUACAGCAAUCCUAUAUGUGGGCUGUAUCAACUGCAAUACACACACCACUGCACUGUGAUAGUGCUGCUGUGAUGCAAGGUUUUUCUUUUGCCUGUCAACGACACGGAUUGGGUUAUUGUUUACAUUGCAGCCAUUGAAAUGCUCCCAGCACCUCAGUAUUGGUGUGUUCCCAGCUGUUUAUGAUGUUGGUACUGUCGGUUUAUGUGAAAAGGGCUUCUUUACAUUUGACCACAUUGUAGCCUACUUUUUAUUAAUCUUGAUAAAACAAAACCUAUUUCACCUGUUUUCCUGCUAUUUGGUUAUGGCACUGACUUCAGCUGUAUGAACAAAAUAAAGAAGAAAUACUGUACAGUAACAAUAAACACCUAUAGUGUUUUGUUUCUUUCUCUUUUGUGAAUGAA